GGGAAGGUAGCUACGCUGCACUUAGGCAGCAGGUCCUUUAGCAGUACUGUGUUCUCCUUGAUGGCUAUCGCUUGGGCGGUGCUGUGAAAGUUCGCCCCCUACCAACAGACUAAUUACUUGAGAGAUAUUGUGCUGGCUGGGCUGAGGUUCCCACGACGAUGGGUUUGACGUUCAACAUCUUUCGCAUAUUGGGUGAUACUGCCCACAUAUCUUCGAAAUGUAUCUUGAUAUGGGCCAUCCACCGCAAUAAGAGCGCUGAAGGCGUUUCGCUUCUUACGCAAGUGCUUUAUGCGAUGGUUUUCGUCACUCGCUAUCUUGAUUUAUUCCGAUUGGAUGGGUGGAGGAGCUUCUAUCUCGUGUUUUUCAAGUUCUUCUACAUCCUCUCUUCUGGUUAUAUCAUCUUCUUGAUGAUGAAGAUGUUCCCUCGGACACGGGAAAGGGAGCGGGCGUGGAAGCUGGCUUUGGGUUCCGUCGCAGCAUCUUUAGUUUUGGCACCCAUUUUGACACGAAUCUUCAAUCACCCCUGGCCCUACCAUUGGUUCACUGAGAUAUGGUGGGCGUUCUCAAUCGUCCUGGAAUCCGUUUGUGUGCUACCCCAGCUACUACUCCUACGACAGACCACCGUUCCCACCGUCAUCGACUCCUACUACCUACUUACGUUGGGCUCUUACCGAGCAUUCUACAUUCUCAACUGGCUGUUGCGAGGUUUCGGGGAACACCACUGGGAUCCGAUUGCGGAUAUCUUUGGUGUCGUUCAGACCGCAUUCUACAUUGACUUCGCGUGGGUCUACUAUACGCGGCAGCGCGUGAAGCUUCGCAAUGGCGGCGUUGUGGACUCCGAGGAUUUCCGGAACAGCUGGCUGGUGAACAAAGUGCUGACCUUCAGACAGCGACAAAGCGUCGAUGAAGAACAGCACCUCCAUAAUGAAGGAGCGGAAGAUGGACAUGAGGCCGAAGGUGAACAGCCGAGAAAUAACCGUUGGGGAGCCAGAGGGAUUUCGAUCUCAGCCGAUGACACAUUGAGUGAGAGUCGUCGACCCAAAUCUAAUAACACUAAUGAGGGCGACGAUCGGCUGGAGGGGUUCCUGGAGGACGAAGAGGACACUUGGGACGAGCAUGCGAGCCAACAAGCGCAGCAUAAGCGUUCGCCUGAUGUGGCAGACAACCGUAAUUGAGUUGUUCAUCAGUGAUGGAGAGGUUUUUCUUAUAGAAAGAACUAAGGUUGACAUGUGUGUUUGGAUUCAGGAUUGGGUUUGGGGGUUCGCGUCAUCUAAUCUGGAAAAUUUUUUUUAUCCUGUAGUAGGUAAAUUGGCUUUGAAUAUUUUUUGAAGUAAUUGUGAUGGAGUGGUAAUCAUCGUGAAAUUGUAGUGAUACGGAAUGAUAUACUAUUU